AUGGCCCAGACCAUGCUGCUUACUUCCGGCGUCUCUGCGAACCAAUUCUUGAGGAACAAGAACCCUUUGGCUCAGCCUAAAGUUCACCAUCUCUUCCUCUCCGGAAACUCUCCGGUUGCUCUACCAUCUCGAAGACCAUCAUUUGUUCCUCUCGCUCUCUUCAAACCGAAAACCAAAGCUGCUCCCAAAAAGGUUGAGAAGGUGAAGCCAAAGGUUGAAGAUGGUAUCUUCGGAACGUCAGGUGGGAUAGGUUUCACGAAACAGAACGAGCUCUUCGUUGGUCGUGUUGCUAUGAUCGGUUUCGCUGCUUCGUUGUUGGGUGAGGCGUUGACAGGGAAAGGUAUAUUAGCACAGCUAAACCUAGAGACAGGGAUACCGAUUUACGAAGCAGAACCAUUGCUUCUCUUCUUCAUUCUGUUCACUCUAUUGGGUGCAAUUGGAGCUCUUGGAGACAGAGGAAAAUUCGUCGACGAUCCUCCCACCGGACUUGAAAAAGCCGUCAUUCCUCCCGGAAAAGGUGUCCGUUCUGCUCUUGGUCUUAAAGAACAAGGUCCAUUGUUUGGGUUCACGAAGUCGAACGAGUUGUUCGUAGGAAGAUUGGCACAGUUGGGAAUAGCAUUUUCAUUGAUAGGAGAGAUUAUAACCGGGAAAGGAGCAUUGGCUCAACUCAACAUUGAGACCGGUAUACCGAUUCAAGAUAUCGAACCACUCGUCCUCUUAAACGUUGCUUUCUUCUUUGCUGCUGCCAUUAACCCUGGUAAUGGAAAGUUCAUCACUGAUGAUGGUGAAGAAAGCUAA